UCCCUUCCACACAGCAUAUCUCAUCCGUCACCAUGCAGCUGCUGCCAAGAUAUGAUGUGCUGCAGGUCAUUCUUCUACUUGCUGUAGUGCGGUUAUGCAACGGAGAGGAAAAUGUCACCACUCUACCUGAAGAUGAUGAAUUUAACUUGACCACAAUGGAUUACGAAGCAUUCCAACAUCAGUGUCAAAAAAAAGAUGUCCGUGUUUUCCGUUCCAUCUUUCUACCAGUAAUGUAUGCAAUUAUUUGCGUAAUAGGACUGGCAGGAAACAGCCUAGUAAUGCUAAGGUAUAUUUACUUCAAAAGACUAAAAACUGGGACAGAUUAUUACAUGCUGAAUUUGGCCAUAGCAGACAUGGUCUUCCUCUUUACUCUACCUUUCUGGGGAGUCAGCAUACGCAAAUACUGGCUUUUUGGUGAUGGAAUGUGUAAAGUCAUAUACUGCCUCUACAAAAUGAGUUUCUUCAGUGGGAUGUUCCUGCUUAUGUGUGUGAGCAUUGAAAGAUACUUUGCUAUUGUCCAGGCACCUUCUGCACAUCGUCACAGAUCCAAGACUGUUUUGGCCAGCAAACUCUCCAGUGUUAGCAUUUGGGUCUUAGCUUUUUUCUUGUCUAUUCCUGAGCUGGUCUAUAGUGGUGUAAAAACAACAGAUGAAAUGGAGGAGUGCAUCAUAUUCUCUACUGACCUAGAGACUCUUAGUGCAAAGCUCAAAAUUUCCCAGAUGUUUUUUGGAUUCCUUUUACCCUUGAUCAUCAUGUCCUUUUGCUAUAUCAUGAUAAUCAGGACUCUGCUCCAUGCACGUAACUAUGAGAAGUACAAAGCUAUCAAGGUCAUAAUCACCAUUGUCAUUGUAUUUAUAGUCUUCCAACUUCCUUAUAACAGUGUCAUGUUAGUCAAGACUUUUCAUAACAGCUCUGACUGUCAGAUAAGCAAGAACGUAGACAUUGCUGAAGACGUAACCUAUAGCCUAGCAUGCUUUCGAUGUUGCCUCAACCCAUUUCUCUAUGCUAUCAUUGGAGUUAAGUUCAGGAAUGACCUGUGCAAAUUCUUCAAGGAUUUGGGUUGCCUCAGCCAGGAGAAGUUUAGUGAAUGGUCAACAGCCAAACCAAGCAAGAGAGGAUCUUUUGCAAUGGACACAGAGACAACCACCACCUUUUCUCCAUGACUAAUUCUGAGCCUGGAACCCAAAAACAUUUUAUUUAGCUGAAUCUCUAUAUAAUACUGAAAAUACCGGAAAAUCGUAUAUAUAGCGAUUACAAGUGGCAUAUAUAGUAAUAUAAUCAGAAAAUGUCAGUAUGCAGUAUUUAGCAGAAGGAUUACUUUUACCACUUGUACAGCAUGACAUUUGCUCUGCAAACCUUGACAGGUAUAUGUUAAAUCUAACUUUGAAGUUAUCUGAUGCUCAGUAUGUAGUAGUCAAGAACUUAUAUAAACUGUCUAAUCUUUUGUCUGACUCAUUGGUGAUAUUUGGAAUUUGCCACUGACUGGUAUCUUAUCAGUCCCUCUGUAUCUCGCUGACAUUAAACCUCAACCUGUUUUACAUAAGAAAAAUACCCCAAGCAGCCUUUUGUUAUUACUAAAUUGGAACUCAAAGAUAAUCCUGUAUAAUUCUUACUGACUUUGAAUGUCAUAAAACUUGUGAUUAUGACAUGGUUUGUACACUUUUUGAAUAAGCUACUCAAAUGGACUAGAAAAGAUUGUAAAGCGGAAUUUCAAAGGAGCAUGGAAAUUCCACAGUGAAUAUGUACAACAUCUAGGAUAACUUGAGGAACAUGACCAGCACUGAACACAUUCAUUUAUCAUUAUGCUUAAGUGGAACAGCAGGAAAAUGUACAGUUAACUUGACACUUGACCGCAAACAGCAAUACACGUAUUGGGGGAGAUUCAAAUGUUUUAAAAGUCAGUUGGGUGUCUGUUUUUUCCUAUCUAAUAGACAGGAAAAAACAGACACCCAACCGACAUUUCACACAUUUAAAUCUCCACCACAGAGUCUCUGAUUUCUAUGUUUUGUAAUCAGAAGCUAUUGGAAUGUUCUGUGCUCUCUAGUUGGGCAGGCAUAUUGCCUUAUACGACAUAUAAUGACAUGUCUGAAGUAUUUUACUUACUAUUGCUCUUCAUGUAUCAUGUAUAUUUGUUUUUCUGUUACUUUAUGAUACUGUGUUUAGAAUGUGACUGUUAAGUAUAACCAGUUUUUUUCCAUAGCUUUAAGCUAUUCUGUAAUAUACAGUUGUAUUUUAUAUCUAUAUGACUGUGUAAUACAUAAUUAAAAAAUAUAUAUAUAUUUUAUCCUGGUGGAUCAGAGCAUGAUAGGAUCCAUGUGUUGACAUAAUUGGGCAGAACCAUUAAGCAGAUGUAUUAAGCCUGGAGAAGUGAUAAAGUAGUGAUUAAGUGCAAGGUGAUAAUGCACCCACCAAUCAUUUGCAAUAUGUAAAUUGACAGUUAGGAGCUGAUUGGCUGGUGCAUUUUCACCUUCCACUUAUCACUGCUUUAUCACUUCUCCAGGCUUAAUACAUCAUGAUCAAUGUACUGGAAAGCACAAGCAGACUACCUCGAAUAGUAGAAUACAAGAGAGAGAAGUAGUGGUGAGCUAUUUCCAGUUUCCAGGUCCCAGUGCACUGUAACUGGUUGAUAGGACACCCUGUGUUUGCCCUACCCCCGAAUGUGUGACACAAGGAAGGGGCAGGGUUAUCUGCAUGUGGAGGAGUUGAGCUGUCGGAGCAUUCCUAGGACACUCUGGGUAGCUCUGUGGGGGACCAAGAAAGCUGAACAAAUUGAGCGCCUGAACGUUGCUCCAGACUGCGACAUUCUAGUCUGCAGGAUGCAGAAUUUGUUGCAGUAUGAUUCAUUUUAAUUUCGCAAAUAAGAAAAAUAAGAUACACUUUUAAGGGGUCUAUUAAGCCACUCACUCCCGAAUAUUGGGCCUAAUUAAGCAUGAAAUGCUGCUCCGACAGCAUUCGCAUGCUGAAUCCCUGUGCAGUGUGCAUACGCGCAGAAGCCGCACUGCUCAUGAGCACAACGGCAUCUCACAUUUGCGAAUGACUCUGAUUGACUGGCAAAGGCAUUUGUGGGGAGGGA